UUUCAGGAGAGGCAGCAGUAGGUUCAUGGACCGGGUCAUCAGCGGAGAGUGGGAAGUGGCAGUCACUGGCGCAGGUUGGAGCCACGAUGAACAACCCACUUAGGUUCAAGUUUCCUCGAGCACCGCACCUGCGGGUGGCUGCAGAGUCAUGGCCGCCGCAUGUGGAGGUAUUGCUGAAGGAUGUUAGUGGACCAGGGGUGCUGCAGGAGACCUUCCUGACUGUAAUACACGGACCCAUGGCCGACUUCCUCAGCGCCCUCGCUGCCUCUCUCAACUUUACGUACACGAUAGUACAAGGCGACGGCUACUGGGGAGCACCUAGUGACAAUGGUACCUGGAACGGCAUGAUAGGCAUGUUGCUAGAACAGAGGGCGGAUUUGGGCUUAGGACCGUUCGGUCUGACUUACCAGCGAAGCCAAGUAGUUGAUUUCACCUUCCCUAUCUUCAGUGAAGUGCUUCACAUUCUGGUCACCAGACCAGGACCACUGUCUGACCCCUGGGGCUUCUUGGAUCCCUUCACAUGGCAGGUGUGGGUGUGUGUGGGGGUAAGCAUGGUGAUGGUGGCAGUAGUAGAGACAGGUAUGGAGGGGAUGCUUCCCAACCAGACACCAUCCUUCACCACUCAUCUCUGGACUGCUUACGAGAUGCUUAUCUCCAGCAGUGCCAAGCCGGUGGCACAAAGUGUAGCACUGCGUGUCACUGUGUGUCUGUGGUUGAUGGCAGUCCUAGUCCUCACCCGCAGUUACAGCGGUGGUCUGACGUCACUGCUGGCGGUGAAGACUGUGCCACUGAAGUACGACUCCCUUAAUGACGUCCUGGAUGAUCCACAAAUCACUCUCCUAAUGGAGGGCUCCACAGCACUCACAGGCUACCUUCAG